AUGGCGACCAGAGGAUUUGAAUACUCUCUAUCACCCGGGAGUUCAUCAAUUCCUUUCAUGUUUGGAUCUUCGGCUUCUUCGCCACCAACACCUCUCUUCGGUGUCACUGCGGCUUAUUCACCUACCCCUCUCUCCGGCGUUGCUGCGGCUUACGGGCCUGGGACUCCAUUGAUCAGCACCUCGGGUUACGUGCCUAGGCCUAAUUUAUUUGGCACCACUGCGGCUUGCACGCCUGCACCAUCCUUCCCUGGCACUGCGACUUAUGGGCCUAUUUCUUUCUUUCCGGGUCCCGCGCCUUUCCUCGGCAGCAGUGCAGCUUACCGGCCUACGGCUCUCUUCGGCACUCCUACGGUUUGUCCACCUACGCCUCUUUUCGGCGCUCCUACAGUUUGUCCACCUACGCCUUUCUUUGCAAUCCCCGAGCAAUCUUCUGUACUGGAUGCGGAUGCACAUACCACUACUUCUGCUGCUGUAACCGUGCCAUUUUCAUCACGACCAACUUCCACUACCAAUUCCGCAGCAUAUCCCCGUUCUCACUUAUUGUCUUCAGACGCAUCUGUAACAACUCCUAGACCUUCACUAAUUCCUAACUUUGGAGAGUGGGAUAGGCCAAUGGAAAUAGCGGGCCAAUUUGACAGUUUUAAUCUUAUGUUGAGACAACGUAUGAAACAGAAAUAUGCUACUAUGGUAGCGAGGGAUCAACUUUAUGAGAGAGUAGCAAGGGCAGAGGUUGGGAGAGAUUGGGCCCUAAGUGAGAGACACCAAGCUCAAGCAGAUUGGGAUAGUCUGCAGAUCCAACAUGAUGAGGCUCCCGAGAGGGAGAGACAAAUGCGGAUAGAGGUGCAACAACUAUAUGCUAAGAUAGAUGCACUUAAAGUGGAGCAGGAUCGUGUGCGAGGAGAGCUCGAGAAACUUCAUCAGGCAGAGGUAGAUGCACUCAAAGAAGAGCAAGAUCGUGUGCGAGGAGAGCUGGAGACACUUCAUCAUGAGAUGAGAGUAGUAGAUAUACAAGUAUCGCAGAGGAUGGAUGCAUUGACAAUGGAGAAUGCUAGCUUGACAGAGGCAUUAAGGCAAGCAGAGGGGCACCGAGAAGGGUUCGUUUUAUUGUAG